UACCGGAGUCGGGACACGUAAGAUCCAACUCAUUGGGCUCGUGUGCUCGCCCGGAGGUCGGACAACUGCGUGCCUACAGACACGCGAGGAAUUUAAUGUCAACAGUACCGACAGAAAGCGACAGAAAGUGAGUUUGAGAGUCACGGAGACUUGCUUUGACUGCUGUCAAGUCUUUCAAAGUUUUGAAUCAAGUUGGGAAUCAAGGUCUGGAUCCUUCGUAACAUUUAUCAUUUAUUCUGUGCAUUUUGAAUGGUUCGAAGAUUAUUGUCGAUUAGGAAGUAGUUUUCGUUGUUGUUGUGACAUUUCGAAACAUCUUUUAAUGAAACCACAUGCACAAAAGUUUACAUGAAGAGAAAAAAGUCUGGUUUUCGCGGAACGGGGAAGUUUGAAGACCUUGGUGAAGAACUGCCUUUUCUGCUGAGGGAAAAAGCAUGUAUUAUUGAAACUGCACUUCUGAUUUCUACGGCGUGACGGCCUUAUUUCUGCUCACCUGGCCCCCACCUCACACACUCACUCACACACACUCACUCACACACGCACACACACACACACUCACUCACACACACACACACACACACACACACACACACACACACACACACACACACACACACAGAUGUCGGAGGAGGAGAACCGCCUCGCUGCCAGCGUGCCCGAACCCCCAGACGGGGCAGCAGCGCCAGCCGCCACCCAGCCCUCCACAGUGGACAGCACUCCCGCCCAGACUGGCACAGGGGACGAGCGGAGACAUGGGCAGGAGGAGCCAGCACGGACAGAAACACCAGUCAUCUCCACGGAAACACCAGUCAUCUCCACGGAAACACCGGUCAUCUCCACGGAAACACCGGUCAUCUCCACGGAGACGGCAUCAACCAAAGAUGAGGAGCCUGGCGUCAACAACAACAUCCUGUCCCAGCCGGACCUGAGCGCAUCGCACAACAGCACCACGAGUCCACCGGACCCGACCGCACCAAAGAGCAUCACCAGCCAACCGGACCCGACCGCACCAAAGAGCAUCACCAGCCAACCGGACCCGACCGCACCAAAGAGCAUCACCAGCCAACCGGAGCCCAGCACACCAAACAAGGGCAUCACAAGUCAGCCCCAGGCGCGGUCCACUCCGCUGCAUCGUGCAGGUGAGAGCGCAGCGCUGCUGAGGAACGGGUCAUCAUCUCGUCCGCACACGACGCAGCCGCAGUCCAACGGCGUGCGUAACGGAGGCCCCCCCGCGCUGCCCCGUGCCGCCUCUUCCUCCUCCUCCUCUUCCUCGUCCGCGGGACACCGGAACCCCAAGAAGCUGCAGUCCAACCCCUCCAUCACCAGCCAGACCAGCAAGCGCAGCAAGAGCAGCUCCAAGUCCAACAGCUCGCACAUACCCACCGAGGCACAGGACGAUUGCUGCGUUCACUGCAUCCUGGCGUGCCUGUUCUGUGAGUUCCUGACGCUGUGCAACAUCGUGCUGGACUGCGCCACGUGCGGCUCGUGCGCGUCGGACGACGCCUGCUUCUGCUGCUGCUGCGCGUCAGAGGAGUGCGGCGACUGCGACCUGCCCUGCGACCUCGACUGCGGCAUCAUCGACGCCUGCUGCGAGUCCGCCGACUGCCUGGAGAUCUGCAUGGAGUGCUGCGGACUCUGCUUCUCCUCCUGAGCCAAUCAAAAACGCCAGCUCUUAGCUGUCACUCACACGCUGCCUGCACUCCUAUUGGCUCAGGGGCUCCGAAUGGGCCAGCCUCCAAAUGGGUCCAGCCAAUGGGAGGAUUUCUGUUUUAGCUCUUCCGCCUGAAACUUAGCGGAGGAUUGAGACCCUGGACUCUUCAUCACCAGCCUUUAGAACUCUUUGAGACGGAACACUGGACUCUUCAUCACCAGCCUUUAGAACUCUCAUGAGAUGGCCGAUGGAGCAACGACUGGAAGCAGAACUUGGUGCUCAGUGACUGAGUUUCGUCUGCACAUUUCCAAACAUCUCAACUUGGCUGUUUUUUUUUAAAUCCAAUCAGCAGCUGGAGACUCAGUCCUGUGAGCCAGUGUGAAGACAGGGUGUGUGUGUCUCUCAAGUGGAAGCCCCAUACAGCAACACACUUCGCUGAGUGGCACACACUUGUUUUCUGUGGCAAGUUUAGUGUAGUUUCUCUGCUAAUUGUCAUUAGGAAUAAUAUUGUUAGCAUAGUUUAGUGGGAUCUUACUGGAGAUUAGCCCCUGUUAGCAUAGCUGUGCUGUUAGCUUAGCUGUGCUGUUAGCGUAGCUGUGCUGUUUGCAUAGCUGUGCUGUUAGAGUAGCUGUGCUGUUAGCAUGGCUGUGCUGUUAGCAUAGCUGUGCUAUUAGCGUAGCUGUGCUGUUAGCGUAGCUGUGCUAUUAGCAUAGCUGUGCUAUUAGCGUAGCUGUGGUGAGAUAGGAGAUCAAUAUGAUACUCUUCUGGAAUUCUUCAAGACUGGACGUCAGUGAUCUAGAUAUUACUGUUCUGUGGUGUUUGCACUCUUUAGAGAGAGUGUAAGGUUAAGCAUUUGUAAUGGAGUUAAAUCUAAUAAAUCUAAUGCUUAAUUAAAUAAAGCUAAGGCUACUGUGGAGAAACAUCCCAAUCUACUAGCAUUUCACUAACAGUCAGAGGCAGAUAUCCUGGAUUCAGAACAUGAAAGUCCUGGCCAGUAUUUGAUCCAACCAUUUAGUUAACUAGCUCAUCCUAACAAGCGGCCAGGUAGAUCAGAUAAUUAGUGAUAUCACCUGUGUUAAGUGCACAGGUAGAAAGAAUAAAAAGCAGUACUUCUACUUUCUGAACCCAGGAUGUGCACCUCUGCUAGCCUUAGUUUUACUCAUCACUCAUCAGUAUUGUAUGUCAGGGUAUGGGUAAGAAUCUGUACAGGUGAGCUCUGAACUUCACCACUCAUUAGUAGUCUAUUUCAAUUUCAAUUUUCAAUUCAAUUUCACUUAUAGAGUGCCAAAACAUUACACAUGUCUCAUGGCGCUUUACAGAAUGCUAUACAGUAACAUAUAGUAACAGGGACGAGGAAAAACUGCAUAGAGUUGGAGAUACAUAGUAUAGUAUAGUACAGGAAGAGACCUUGGACAGAUCCACAACUCAAGGGCCCAAGCCAUGUGCCCAGUAUAGGGUCAGUCACAGUACAG